GUCCCCGCUGACCCUGGCGCUCAUCUACAGGUCCCUUUUUCUCAUAUCGCACUGUGUCUUGCCAGCAAGAUGUCGACUCUCGCUGUCCCUAAUACGAGUAUAUGAGCGUUCCUCUUCAGAGUCCGCCUAAUUAGAUUAUCACUGUCUUGUUGGGCGAAGCAAUUUCCGUAAUGGAGAAGCUGAACACUGAAGAUGGACAGCUCUUCAUAAAAAACCUCGCUAGUUUCGUACGAACCCAUGAAAAGGCCCUCGCGAAUGCAUUGCAACUGAGGCGCCAACCUACCAAAAAUGCGCAGUCUACCCAUACCCAGUCGGGCUCGUCGAGCUCGGCUUCCUCAACCCUCGCAGCAGCCCUAUCAUUCGGGGCGCUGAAAUUCACCUCGCAGAAUAUCAAACCUGCCAAACUUACCCUCACCCCCCAUCAUCUCUUCUACCUCCUUUCUCGCUUUGAAGACCUUUCUAUUGCCGUGGGCCCCCUGAACGUGAGGCUGGAGAAUAUCCACACAGACGGGUCGCAGUCCUAUGUGUCCUUCCUGAAUAAGCCUCAGAGAUCCAGAGGUGACCGGGACUCCAUCCACUCUGUGUCCAGUGUCCGUAGUGUCAUGUCUGGGAUGAGUUCCCUUUGGUCCUCGUUCGGGUUGGUGUCCAAGGAUUCGGUCUCCAAAUCAGAACGGGCCAAGGCUGCUCUAGAAGCGGAUACAAAAUACCUAUACUCUGCCUUCACCAAAAUUCCCUGCCUCCGCUUAGCCCCUGACCGUCGUGCCCGGUUGAUCCGCGGCUACGAAGAAUUCCCCUUUGACACGGCCGUUCCCUUGCAUGCCUUUAAGAACUUGAGCGCUUUAGAGAUCAUUGAUAUAGACUUCCGCUCGUUCUUCGGUUGGGAUAGACAAUCCGAGCAACUGCGCACGCUGACCGUCAAGAGGGCUAACAUCGAAGACCCCGCUGAUCUGCUAACGGGCAUCGUGUUGGACGACAUCGACAAACGGCGCCGACGUUCAUCCAAACACCAUCACUCGCCGAUGAUGGGAUGGAGUGGAAACGCAAACCCCCAACCGGUUCAUAAGUCCGACCUCUCUGGAUCCCUUUCUGCCCCCGGGUCGCCGGUUGCCGAUGCACCGUUCGGAACCAGCGCCAGCCCCCAAUCCGCAUCUAUGAUCAGGAUGGCGUCGGAGGGUUCCAAAGCUCGACCAAGGACCGGAAGCAUCUCCCCAUCCCGCCCGACCAGCUCCAAACACUCGUAUCGUCACAGCCGUGGAAACGUCUCCCGGAUAAGACGUACCGGGUCUGGUAGCUCGAACUCUAGCGACACCUCGGGUCAACGCAACGGCAGCUCUUCGAACCUAGUUUUACCAGCAUCCAAAUGGCGCUUUUUGAGACACCUCGGCCUCCCGGACAACUCCCUGACCUCCAUCUCUGCCGCCAGUCUCGCUCCAGUGGCCAACACCCUGCAGUCCCUCGAUCUAUCCACGAAUCUCUUCACGGAAGUGCCCGACAGUUUAGCAUCCUUGGUUGCCUUGAGGGCCUUAAAUCUCUCGCAUUGCAUGAUCGAAUCCCUCCACUCUCUGUCCCGCAAUCCUCUUCCUGCGAUUACCGCCCUCAAUCUCCGUGGCAACCGUCUCCGCUCCCUCGCGGGUGUCGAGAGACUGCUUUCUCUGGAGAGGCUGGACCUACGAGACAACAACCUUACCGAUCCGACCGAGAUUGCGCGGCUCACCAAUCUCCCUGAGAUACGGGAAAUCUGGGUCUCCGGCAACCCCUUUGUCAAGACGCAUUCUAACUAUCGCGUUGUCAUCUUCAACUUGUUCCGCCGUACUCCGGGUUACUCCGAAGACAUCAUCAUCGAUGGAUCAGGCCCCGGAUACACCGAGCGGAAACAGCUGGUCGACCGGGCCGCCGAGCCCGAGGCUGCACCGGUCAUACGAUCCGUGGCGGCAGAUGUCUCUGCCGUGGUCAGCAAGCCAUCCAGCACUGUCGCUCAGGAGGCCCCAUCGCUCCACGAGCAAGUAAGGCCAACCGGACGAGUGGUGCAGAAUGGAAUUGACGUCGGCUCCAGUCGUCGGAAGAGGGGUACUCGGCGGAAAAUCGCCGAUCGGCCUCUAGAUAAACCCUCCACUGAUGGUAAUGAUGACUCAGGUGCGAUGGUGCCUUCUAUUCCCUCUGUCCAGCAUGUUCAAUUAUUACCUGUUGAUCCGUUUGUCACGGCAUCUCCCGACCGUCAAUGGAUAUCUGAUGGUGGACCCCAGGCCAGCCCUCCUAGCCCCAAGAGCCCGGUGAAGAUGGACGUUGCACGAAUUCCACCCGCACAUCAGACCAAAGACCGCCCUGGGAUACAGCCGACACCACAGGCUAAAGACUGGGGUGUCGACGAGGAGUUUUACAGACGACAGUUGGAGGCGCUCAGGCAUGAGCUUGGAAACAGCUGGCUCAAGUCGCUUGGAGAGCGUGGUUGGCAGGACCCCCAGACGAGUAUCAAUGUAUCUUGUACGGGGCCUGACCGCAACGAUCCAGUGUUGAUGCAAGUAGAUGCAUUGACGAGGGUGAGCCCACAGGUGAUCCUGAGCGGCCAUGCCUUGAGUUGACGUGGUAUUAUCCACGUGUCUGCCACUUCUUUAGUGGCAGCAUCCCCCCCUGUUUGGGGGAUGAACGAAAAACAAAGAAGAAAAAAAAUACAAAAACCCUAAAAAAAAAGAAGGGAGGAGA